UUCUUUCUUUCUCAAGCUCCUACGCUGUUACACAAGUUAUCAGAGGAAGAUGUAAAGGCUAAAUUAUUAGCUACACAAGCUAACUGAUAGCUGCUGCUUUGCCUGGUCUGAAUGACAGCUCAGCCAUGAGUUGUGUGACUCUGAUUUGUUAAAUACACAACAGUUGUUACAUGUUUGAUGUUAGUGCUCGUUUCUAUUGAAGUAGUUAAACAGAUCAGGUCAGUGCUUCUGCACAGGUUAACCUCUCACAUCCUGUCCUGUACCAGAGGAUCAUGUGCACUAACAGGCCGGAUACCUUAUGGUGUGCAGCUUCCUUCACCGGGUCAAACACCCGUCCAGCAGAGCUUCCAUGGACCCCUUAUCCCUAAAAUCACAGCUCUGGUCAGGUACUCUGACUUGUCCACGCAGAGGUACACUAUGAUUUACACCUUGCCAUACAUUAAGCACCUCAGAGCCAUGUCCAGGCUCAAACUGCUCCAAACUGCAAUCACCAUGGUCAUCUUGCCCCCAGUGUACGUCCUUUACCUCCAGGGAGAUGUCUCCCUCUUCUUUGUCAGCUACACAGCGGGGAUAGCACUGUUUGCUGGUGUCAUGCUGUACACUGCCAGUCAUUUUUUCAGGAGAGUUGUGGGGAUGAUGUACCUGGACCCAUCACAGACUACACUGAAAGUGUCCCACCUCACCUUCUGGGGCAAGCGGCAGGAUAUCUACCUCCCUGUGUCGGAUGUUAUGACUAUCGCGGACACAGGUGACUCCACAAAAGAGACGAUAUUGAAACUACAGAGAUACAGCAGUCCGCAGACAUUAUAUUUCUCCAUUCGUUAUGGACAUGUGGUGGACAAAGUGGGUUUUGAGAGGGUGUUUGGAAGUUUUAAAUGAUGCUUAAUUUUUAAAGUGCAUGGAUUUGGAUGACAAUAAGUGAUUACUUCUGAAUUAUUUAAUGUUCCUUGUGCAACAUUGUAAUAAUGAGAGGGGUCUGUUCUCCAUGGAAGACGGAUAAUGAAUAUAUAAGUGUGGAAGAGUGGAACAACAUGCAAGGUAACCAGUGUUGGCAAUGAUAUGUGAAUGGUAAUAAGAUUACUUUUGUCUGGUAACCAGUGAGCUGAUGUGUGAAAAAAGUAAAAUAAAAUCAAAGUCAGCUUCACACAAGUGAGAUUGUCCUAAUGUUUUCCAAGCAAAAGUAAACUGAAAACAGUUUCAAAGUAAUGAAGGUUUUUUUUUUUUUUUUUUUUUUUUAAAACUAUUAAAAAAACCCUCUACUGUAAAACUACAAGUAGCUCUUACCAGGAAAGUUGCUUUGAAAUCAUUUGGAAAUUACAGUUAUAUACAACAGUAU